AUGCAGAUCAGCCCUCAACUACUCAAUGGCUGUUUUCACGAAGCUGAUCGUGCCGACUUGGUCGGCUUCAACCUUCAAGGCCUGCGAGAUUCUCUUCCGGAGAAACUUCAACCCCACCUUAACGGGAUCAUUGAAGAAAUCUACAAUACGAGCCGAUCACUCCGGGAUCUCGCGGAACAGGCACAGAUACAUCUCUCUCAGUUGCCGGCUGUUUUCGAUUACCUCAAUGUCAUCCUACCAUGUCUCUGCAAGACGCUCCGGGAUAUCAUGACGUUCUAUGAGGAUAAGUCGAUGAAUAGGGAACAUCGUUGGAGAACGAUGUACCAUAAGUUGGGGAAUGAACUCCCCGGUACGACAUUGCCAGCUAGAUUUAUCAUGUACAACCAGUUCCUGAGACUGCUUCAAGACCUUAUGACGAGGUCCCCGAACUUUGACUUGAAUGCAAUGGAGGUUCUACGAAUCCGCAUCCUUCAGCUGCGUGAAGCCAGGAAGAUCCCUCCUCCGAAUCCGAUUAGAACCGAUCUCAUAAGACGAGACGAGGCUUUGGAUUUCUGGAGCCAGGAGACUCAGAAUUCACAUUGGGCCGAGGCAAUCUUUACUCAACCCCUGCCGUCUCGGAGGGAAUUCAAGACCCAAAGACACUCAGAUGCGUUCGGCCCCUUUCAGAAGUUGGGCCAUCUCCCGCCAGUUCCACGAGAUGUCAAGAUACUAGUCAAAAGGUCGUUUGAUAGUGAUCGCAUCUCGGUUAUCUUCUUCCUGCAACUGAGAAACCAGGCACCGUCCCUAUUAAUUCGCUCGAAAGUCGCCAGCCAGAACUGGGUUUCGAUGCUCGGCGUGCAUGAGCUGUCUAUCGGACGAGAUAGAAAUUCCGUGUUACACCUGUCUAGAUGGAGUACGGAAGAACGAUGCAUCAAACCCUGGGCAGACUUGUCUUUUUUGACUUGGGAAGAAAUGGUGCUGUUCUACUGCACAUUCUUGUGUCUGAGGGUUCGCAGCCAGCUCACGUUCAAAGUAAACCCUACCGAGUUCCACCUCCGUAAGGAAAAACGCCUAUUCCAAGCACAAAUCAUCGAUGACGGAUAUCGCCACGUUCUUAUGGUGUUCGAGGAUACUGUCACCGGUGGUUGCCGUCUUCACGCGGCCGUAUGGGAAGGCAAACUGCGAGCAUGUCCCAUCUGGACGGCGUUUAUUCCUCCAAACGUGUCGUCGUCCUGGCUCCUCCGCAAGUCCAAGAAGUGCAUCUGGCUGCGCGAAAUCCAGCCGUACGUGUUCUGCGAUACAUACCGGCCGAUAAACCAGCGCAGGGGCAAGUUCAGCGCUUACGAGCUGCAUUUCGCACAUAGCGAAGCUGCCACUCGGUUCCAAGAGCUAUUCACAUCGUCUCCCGAGACAUCGGCCGCCUCUAUCCCCGAUUCACCUCUGGAUGAGGCCGGUACGUCUAAUAGUUAG